AUGGCCGAAACGAGCGCCGACGCAAUGCAUCGCCAAGACGAGGGCGUGUAUGUGCAACUCACCUACGACCACCUGGAUGUCUCUUCCGUCAUGGCUCGCGUCAAAAGCCCUGAUGCCGGUGCCGUCGUCCUGUUUGCCGGCACCACCCGCUCCACCUUCGCCUCCAAGCCCGUCCUCCGCCUCACCUACCAAUCCUACCACCCGCUCGCGCUCGCCACCCUCGUCGCCCUCGCCCGCGAGGUCCGCGCCAAACACGCCCUCACCGCCGUCGCCGUCGCCCACCGCCUCGGCCCCGUGCCCGUCGGCGAGGAGAGCGUGCUCGUCGCCGUGUCGAGCCCGCACCGCGCCGCGGCGUGGCGCGGCGGCGAGGAGGCGCUCGAGCUGACAAAGGAGCGCGCCGAGAUCUGGAAGCUGGAGGAGUUUGUCGGGGAAGGGGAAGAGGGCGCCGUGUGGAGGGCGAAUAGGGAUGGGAAGAUGGGGGUGAGGGUUGGGGUCGGGAAGGGGGAGGAUGAGGAUGGGGGGAUUGGUGCGGUGGCGGGCGGUGCGGGUGCGGGUGAUGGUGAUGGUAAUGGUGAUGGGGGAUUGGAGGAUGCAGAUGGCCGGGGCGGCGAGGUGAGGUAA